GCUCGGCGGUAGCACAUACAUGUGUCGGUAGUGAACAACUAUGGAUGACGAAGCGAAGCCGUUGAGUAAGAGGUCAAGGGUAGAUGUGUGCUUAAUUUGACGCGUUACAAUGUUGAUUCGGCAACUGCUGAGCGCCAACUAUCUUGUGCGACUGAGAGCUCCCCUCGGCACUGCUCACAUAUCUUCCUCGUCCGCCUGCAAAAAUACUCACCAGACAAGGAGUGAGCAGAAGCGGAGGCUGAAAGCCGAGCAGAAGCUGAAGGAGAAGGAGGAGAAGCUGAAGGCUCUCGCGCAGGAACAGCAGAAUGAUCACGUUGCGCCAAAGAAGCCAGGACUGGUGAAGGACGAAGAGGACAUUGAUCCAAAUGAGUACUUCAAGCUGCGGCUGCAGUCUAUCACCGCGUGGAAGGAGGCUGGUGAGGACGCGUACCCGCACAAGUUCGACGUCAGCAUCUCGCUGACAGACUUCAUCGCCAAGUACGAGCAUCUCGUCGCGGGGGAGGUGCAUGACGACGUCGUCAGCGUUGCCGGUCGGGUGCAUGCCAAGAGAGCAUCCGGACAGAAGCUGAUAUUCUACGACCUGCGCGGCGAGGCGACCAAGAUCCAGGUGAUGUCGAAUGCUGGCAUGUACAGUUCAGAGGAGGGAUUCUUCAAAAUCAACAACAAGAUUCGUCGAGGAGACAUCAUUGGAUGCAAGGGUCAUCCCGGUAAAACUAAGAAGGGAGAGCUGAGCGUCAUGCCAAAGGACAUAGUCUUGCUGACGCCGUGUCUACACAUGCUGCCACAUCUGCACUUUGGGCUGAAGGACAAGGAGACAAGAUUCCGGCAGCGAUAUCUCGACUUGAUCCUCAACGCUUCGGUGCGGGAGAAGUUCAUCGUGCGAGCCAAGAUCAUCAACUAUAUACGCACGUUCUUAGACAACAUGGGAUUCCUGGAGGCUCAUGUUCUUAACACCAAGGAUUCCAUCGUCUAUAGGACUUCUAUAUUUAACAGCAUGGUGAAGAGCAUCUUCGGCACGUACAAGGUCGUGUUGCACCCUGAUGGACCUGAAGGUCGUGCGGUAGAGGUCGACUACACGCCGCCGUUCCGCCGCAUCAGCAUGCUUCCCGCGAUCGAGAAGGCACUGUCCGUCAAGCUGCCUCCGUACGACCAGCUGAACACGCCAGAGACGAAUCAGAUGCUGCGAGAGCUUUGUAAGACGCACGGAGUGGAGUGCCCGCCACCGCUCACGUCCGCACGCCUGCUAGACAAGCUCGUCGGAUGCUUCCUUGAGGAAGACUGCAUCAAUCCGACCUUCAUCUGUGACCAUCCGGUACUGAUGAGCCCGUUAGCUAAGUGGCACAGAUCGAUACCGGGUCUGACGGAGAGGUUUGAGCUGUUCGUCAUGCAGAAGGAGAUCUGUAACGCCUACACCGAGCUGAACGACCCCGUCGUGCAGCGACAACGCUUCGAGUCGCAGGCCAAGGACAAGGUGCAGGCGACGACGAGGCACGCUGUUAAGGAUGAUUAUAGCAAAGGUCACGAUGUGAGCAGCGUGAUGAUGUCAGGUCAUUGGGAGGUGCUGUUCUUCCCUGCAAUGAAGCCAGAUCUACAGGGCGGCGCGGCCGACGUCGCUCAACCACCAGAGGCCAGCACUAGCCAAUAA